AUGUCACACUCUGUGGACGAACAACUCUCCUUUCUUCGCUCCCUAAUCCAAGCCAGAAGUUUCUGCGACUCUACCCUCCGAUUUCUCGAAUCGCUCUUGGUCUCCAAGGACGUGAAAUCGUUGAUCGAAGUUCGAUCCAGCUUGACGCACCUCCUCAGAUCUGAAUCCCUGUCCGUUAUUCGCUCCAUCGCCGCAAAAACCGUCCACGACAAGCUUCUCGUUCUCGAUUUUUUCGUCCGCGCUUUCUCUCUCGUCGGAGAUCAACAGAGUUGUUUGGCGUUGAGAUACGAGGCUUUAGUUAUGAGAGAACACAAAUCUGCUAGUUGUCAAUGGCUACAAGUUUCGCCUGCGGAAUGGUUAAGUUUUGUGGAGAACGCGGUGCACAACGGUUUUCACGCCGUUGCCGAAAAGGCAUGUGAAAUUGCAUUGUCGUGCCUUGGGAAUAAUGAUGAUCUGAAGCACGGAAGAGACACAGUUCCAGAAAACUUGAAGGCUGUUAUCAGUGAGAUUACAAGGCUCAGGAACUGUGCAAUGGCAUCUGUUGCUUCACGAUCUGUUGAAGCCGAUAGUGCAGAUUGCAAGCUCCUCUUCAAAUUUUGUUUCAGACGCUAUCCCCACUCUGACAACAACUGA